AUGGAGCAAAGGCUGCGCGAGGCGUGGCACCACCUGCAGCAGAGGCUCGACCUCGCUGUGGACAAGAAAGGAGGUGCACGAUCUCUUCUUCGAACUCAACGGCCCGAGGUGGUGUGGGAGGUGGUCGAGCAGGUUGAGGAGAGGUGGUGGCAGGUGCUGGUCCAGCACUACGGGUUCGGCGAGACCGGACCCGGAGCGAGCCGGCCCUACCAUUGCUUCACACACGUCAACGCCCUCUUGGACUUGUGCUUGGCAUACGAGUCGGCGCUGAAACGACGCAACCUGGUCGAGCUGGCCAUCUUCUUCCACGAGUACCUGCGAUACAAAUGUAGUGUCGUCUACGACGCCAAGGCCAAAGACAACGAAGAACAGAGCGCUCUCAUGUUCGAGCAGUACGCCGACGAGGUCGGCUUGAGCGCCGAAGCGAAGACGACGGUGGCCAAGUGGAUCAUCGAUACCAAGACGCACACGACGGCCGACAUUCACGGGGAUGAAGACGAGGCCUACUUUCUCGACUUUGACCUGGCCGUUCUCGGGGAGGACGAGGACCAGUACGAUACCUACGCGCGCCACAUCCGAACCGAAUACGCACACUACCCCGACGAGGCCUACCGCUCGGGCAGGCACGUGCUGGAGAGCUUCCUGCUGGUGCCCUCCCUCUUCCGGACGCAGGCCUUCAAGGAGGCGCGCGAAGCCAAAGCCCGCAGCAACAUCCGCCGCGAGAUUGACCGCCUUCGUGGCGGCGGUUGA